GAAGCUCCGUAGCCGCCGCUCGUGUUCGCCCCAUCGAAAGCUCCCACGAAGCCUGCUACGUAACAGCAGAGCUUUUCCGAUCGCUGCGCGAACCGGUCGUGUGCCCUUAUCUCGCGAAUAUAAACAAAAUGCUCCAAGAAAUACAACUCGUUCAAGGCCAGACGAACUACGUGGUCGUCUCCUCUGGAUACCCCACUGCAACUGUCACCAAAACCUCCGUUGAGAAGAGAAAUAUACCCAUCGCUCCGGCUCCUGAAAAAAAUUAUGUCACGCACGACACUCCGCCAAAUCUUCAGUAUAGGAAAAAGGUGCACUUUAGAACGAACCCUUACACUGGUCCUCAGGCUGCUUCGAUAGCUCGCCGAAAUGCAAGGGAACGCAAUCGAGUAAAACAAGUGAAUGAUGGAUUUAACGCGCUGCGCCGUCAUCUGCCCGCUUCUGUAGUGGCCGCCCUGUCAGGUGGCGCCAGGCGCGGCUCCGGCAAGAAACUCAGCAAAGUUGACACAUUGAGGAUGGUAGUCGAAUAUAUUAGAUAUCUUCAGCAGUUACUGGAAGAAAGUGAUGCAGCUCUAGGCAUUACCCGUGACCAAGAAAAUAGAGAAAACAUUCCGAAUAGUAAUACUCAGGCUAUGACUUCGAUGGACUUAGAUGAUGGUUUCUUCUAUGGCAGCGGAUCGCCUUGCUCUGAGAAGGCUCCGUCGCCGGCCCCAUCAGAAUGCUCCUCCGGGGUGUCUUCAGCCUACUCCAACGUUGACCGAUAUGAAGUUUCAACGCAACAGAACCUUGGGCCGAUGGAUGAAGAAGAACUCCUAGACGUAAUAUCGUGGUGGCAACAGAAAUAGCAUUUAAUUUAUGUAAAUAUACAGAAAAUUGGACGAAUCCCUCCGACAAUGUGCAUUUAUUUAUUGCGUGAAUAAUUACGAAAAGACUUUUUGUAUUUCUAGUCAAUACGGUAGUGCCUUAUUUUAGGAUCUAAUCAUUUGAUACUAAUAAAAGUAAUUUUUAUGGACGGAAAAGUGAACUUUGUCGAUUGUACAUGGGGCCGCAAAUCAACUGUGGAGAAUAUUUUAGGCAGAUUGUUAGCCUAGUGUACAUUGUUACCUGUUACUUAAUGCUGUCGAGGCUUCUAAAGGAUGUAAUUAGUGGUAUUUAUAAAGUUGGAAGCCUGUUAUUAUUGUAAAUAUUAGCAUAAGUGUUAAGGUAAAAUAUAUAAAUACAUUAUUUAUUGAAAAGGUU